UCACUAAGAGGAAGGUACAAGAUUCCGUUCCAGUUGGUUACAGCUUGAUCUCAAAGACCAGAUUAAUGACUCUAUCAUAGUGUGCGUUGAAUUCCGCUCAGAAUACUCUGCAAAUGUGAUUUCAACCAUUUUUUGUUCCCCUCCAAAGUUGGCCGCGAGUAGUGCAGAUCGGAUCGAGCACUGGUUGAUCAUGAGCGAGCGGCAGACCAAUGUGAACAGCCUGUUCCUGAACGAGGACUCAGGCAAGCGGAGUGCGGCGGACAGCCGAGUGCAGCGCUUGCAGAAGGCGGUGAGGAGCCGAGCUGGGAGGGCUAAGAAGAGCUUGAGUAACAUCACCCGCCAAAGCGUGCUGAGCUUUGUCAAGAAAAAUGCCUUUGUCCUUUUAACUAUCUUUGCGGUCAUUCUGGGUAUAAUUCUGGGUUUUACCCUCCGCCCCUAUAAGCUGUCUUACCGUGAGAUUAAGUAUUUCUCUUUCCCGGGUGAGUUGCUGAUGAGAAUGCUGCAGAUGCUGGUGUUGCCACUCAUUGUUUCCAGUCUGGUUUCAGGAAUGGCAGCUCUGGACAGCAAAGCGUCUGGUAAAAUGGGAAUCCGAGCUGUCGUUUUCUACAUGGUAACCACUAUCAUCGCUGUCUUUAUUGGAAUUGUUAUGGUAAUGAUCAUCCACCCUGGCAAAGGAUCAAAAGUUGACCUACAUCGGGAAGGAAAGAUUGAGAAGGUGCAGGCAGCAGAUGCUUUCAUGGACCUAAUCAGGUCAGUGAAUCUCUAA